GAUGUUUUGAGGUUAAGCUACUCUUUGUGGCUUAGGGAUACUGUCAAAAUAGUAUGACCAAAUAUCUUUAAAAUCAUUGUGACGCUCUGCCAGUGUAUCUGACCAGCUUUUACAUACAGGCAUAUCAAGAUUUACAGGCCUCCUUCCUGAUGCACUCCUUAUGUUUUCAGCUGGCUGCUUAAAUUAUAGUGAAUGGAACAUUAGGGAGGAGUCUAGCCAGCACAGGCAGGAAAUGGUUAACAGCCAGUCAUAUCACCUGGGAAAGCAAUUCUUUGAUUUGUCGGAGGGCGCUAACAUGCUGCAAUUCAUAGGAAACAAAGGAAGGGGAUUCAACUCUUCAACGUGAGCCUGGAUCUUCAUUUCAGUGACAAAACCAAGGCGUGAGGCUGGACCUUGAUGCGUGCUACAAAAUGAGGAAUUUGGGAUUGAAAGUAAUUUUUUUGUCCUAUCUUGGUUUAGAGAGAAAAAAGGGAAAUAAAUCUGGUUCCAACUGGAAAAUUUAGGCUCACAAGAAGUUCUCUGAGAGCUGCAGUUGUCCUGAUAAAUUAACAAAAAAAUGUCCAUCAGGGGGUUGAAGAAGAAGCAACCUAAGACUUUUAAAGUGAAAGUUAUAACAAUGGAUGCUGAAAUGGAGUUCAGCUGUGAGAUGAAGUGGAAAGGAAAGGACUUGUUCGACUUGGUGUGCCGAGCACUGGGGCUAAGGGAAACUUGGUUCUUUGGCUUGCAAUACACAAUAAAAGGAAUGUCCACCUGGUUAAAGAUGGAUAAAAAGGUUUUGGAUCAAGAAAUCCCCAAAGAAGACCCUGUUAGCUUUCGGUUUUUGGCUAAAUUUUAUCCAGAGAAAGUGGAGGAGGAGCUAUUACAGGAAAUUACCCAGCACCUAUUCUUCUUGCAGGUUAAGAAACAGAUAUUGGAUGAAGAAAUCUAUUGCUCUCCAGAGGCUACAGUUUUAUUGGCUUCUUAUGCUGUUCAGGCUAAGUAUGGUGACUAUGACCCAAAUUUUCAUGAGCCAGGCUUUCUAGCCCAAGAUGAGCUGUUACCCAAGAGAGUCCUCCGGCAAUAUCAGAUGACAGCAGACAUGUGGGAAGAAAAGAUAUCCGCUUGGUAUGCAGAGCACCGGGGUAUUGCCAGGGAUGAAGCGGAGAUGAACUAUUUGAAAAUUGCACAGGACUUGGAGAUGUAUGGUGUCAAUUAUUUUCCUAUUGCUCAGAAUAAAAACGACACAGAUCUUCUACUUGGAGUUGAUGCUAAAGGUAUUCACGUCUACAGCAGAAAUAACAGGCUAUCUCCAAACAAGUCUUUUGAAUGGAGUGGUAUCAGAAACAUUUCCUAUAGUGAGAAAGAGCUAACUAUUAAACCUCUUGAUAAGAAAGCAGAAGUUUUCAAAUUCUUUUCCUCACAGCUCAAAGUGAACAAACUGAUUUUGCAGCUGUGCAUUGGAAACCAUGACUUGUUCAUGAGAAGGAGGAAAGUAGACUCCAUCGAGAUCCAGCAAAUGAAAGCUCAGGCUAGGGAGGAGAAGGCUAGAAAAAAAAUGGAAACUCAACGGCUGGCCCGGGAAAAGCAGCUCAGAGAAGAAGCAGAGCGAGCCAAAGAAGAGCUGGAAAGGCGCCUUUUCCAGCUGGAAGAUGAAGCCAGGCAAGCCAAUGAGGCACUGCUCCGGUCCCAGGAAACAGCAGAGCUACUGGCAGAGAAAGCUCAAAUUGCGGAAGAAGAAGCCAAACUGCUGGCCCAGAAUGCUGCAGAGGCUGAGCAAGAGCGGCAGAGGUUGGAGAUCACUGCUCUGAAAAGCAAGGAGGAGAAGCGUCUGAUGGAGCAGAAGAUGCGGGAGACAGAGCUGAUCGCAGUAAAACUGGUGAAAGAGUCCGAUCGAAGAGCCAAAGAAGCUGAGCAUCUCAAACAGGAUCUGCAUGAAGCUAGAGAAGCGGAACGAAAAGCAAAGCAGAAACUUCUGGAUGUAACGAGGCUUAAUUAUCCACAUGUGGCCCAGUAUUCUUCUCAUUCACCUGCUGACACCAGAGACGUCAACCUUGACAAAGGGUCUGGAAAGAUGGAUUUAAAAGAUGUCGACCUGAAGAGACUGUCUUUUGAGAUAGAAAAGGAGAGGUUAGAUUACUUGGAAAAGAGCAAAAAAUUUGAAGAUCGAUUGAAAGAGCUGAAGUCAGAAAUCCAUGCGCUGAAACUAGAGGAAAAACAAACUGGACUCUACUCUCACUGGAAUGAAGUUCUUGGAUCCUUGGGAAAUGCUCCCUCAUGGAUGAAAAGCUUUGAAGCUGCAGAUUUGUUGGAUAUAAAUCUUCGAAAGGCCUUCCCAGCUUAUCCGUUAACUGCCACAAGCAGCUGGCCAUGUACCAACAAAAGUCAACAGGCAGUGCCAGUGGAAAAGUCAGCUUUUCAAACAAAUGCAUUAGUUGCCAGCAGUGUGGGGACAGGAAGCAGAAAACAGAUGAUAAAGGUUCAGCAACAUGACUCAGAUGUGAUCUACAUUUGAAGCACCUCAGCGAUUCAGUAAUCUUUUCAUAAAGAGACAGUCUUCUAUGGAAGUGACGAUGUAGCUGAAGUAGGUUGAACAUACAGGAGGACUGAAUACAAAUGGAUUUUAAUGUUCAUAAACAUCUACUCCAGUUAAAGAUCUAAACUAUAUUUAAUAAAGUUUUAAUUACUUCUAGCUGUCAGUUUCUUAAAUGCAUAUGUAUAUAUUGAUUAGAUGCAAGUUUAAAGGCAGAGCAUGAAAUAGUAUUUUUACCUCUGAGCACUGUCCAGUUGGGGGUACUGUAUGUGCUCCUAAACUGUUACCAAUCUUCACCUCUGCUUCCUCAUUGUUGGAGGAUAAGCACAUUAAGUAAGAUGACAGAAUUAUAACCUUUACAUGUAUCUGAAUUGCAUCCAUAUUCAGGAAAGCCACUGUGCAAGGAAGUAUAGGUGUUGUUUGAAGCAGAGUAGGAAGUCACAUGUGAUAGUUGACAACUUUAAUGUUUAUUUUGAUACCUGUCAGCCAUUCUUUGAGCCAUAAACAUUAAACAAACCAACUGUACAUAAAUACAAAGUCAAAAGGAACUUCCUCUAUGACAGUGAGAGCCUGAAAAACUCUAUCCAAGGCAAAGGCUUUAUAGGGCGAUAGACUUUCCACACUCAAACUUGAACUGGAUUCUGCUACAAUACUGCAACCCAUCUCUCUCCUGAUGACCGCUAACUUUGUUUGCCAGAAACUAAGCUUUAUCACUAAAGUGAAAUCGCUCUAAUCAUUAUAGAGGCUGUGAGGGCUGAAGCUGCAAGCAACUCAACUGAGAUUGAGUCCCAGUAACUUUCAUAUCUUCAGUGCUCAAACAUCACAAAGAGGUGCACAAUCAAUGGCUUAUUAACAUGGGGAAAUUUAUUCACUUAACUUUGUAGUUUUGUGUAGCCUCUUAUUCUAACGAGUGUGUCCAUAUUAGGCAUGUGAAAGAUGAACCAGUUAACUGGUGAGCAUGACCCUUAAUGGGUGAUGCUUACUGGUUUUGGUUAACCAGUGGGGCCUGGAGCAGUAUCCCCACCCACUGCAGGCAGGGAGCUGCUCUAGCCCUGCAGGGCUCAUUGUAGACAGGGGCUACCCUGGCUGCCUGGAGCAGCCUCUGUCCAAGGCAUACCCAGAUGCCCUACAGGCAGGGGCUGCUCUGUCCUACCCCACUUGCCUCCCUUUAAUGGGUUAGCCAAGGAAACAAUACAUUUAACCAAUGAAAUGGGAUUUUACAGCCCUAGUUCAUAAAAGGAGUUGUCAAGAACCCUCCCCAAGUAAUUUCAACUUGCAAAAUGCUUAAUGAUUAAGGAGCCUAUAUCCCAUUGAAUAUCAUUGGGUUUUAAACACCAAUGCAACCUAGGUACUUCUAAAUUGAUUAUUGGCCUCACCUGCAAAAUCUGCCCCUUGAAGAUGUUCAGGCUAUCAGACUAAAGAGGAGACAUUUCUGAGAGAAGCUUUGCUAGGUACAUGUGUUAGUAACUGUUGCAGUUAUAAACCGAGAAUACACAGGUCUUUGCAGACAAUGUAUGCAUGUAAUCAGAGGCCCCGUGUCAAAAAAAAAAUUAUAUGGGCUUGACAAAUAAUGUAAUCUAUUCACCAGUGGCAAGUAGAUUACAACCCAGAAGAGCCAGCACAGACCAAUUUGCACAUGCGCAGAACCACGCGCAAGGCGAGCAGGGCUUGCUGCUGGCGUCGCUUGGCGAGCUCUGGAUAUAUCAUCCCCUAAAACUAGGAAAUAGAAAUUAUGGCAAACUACUAAUGCAAGUUUUGCUGCAAAGUCCUACUGUUGUGGAAACUGAUGUUUAAUUCUAGGGGCUCUAUUUAAAUUCCAUGUUUAGCCUAGAACUAUGUAUAUGAGUAGGUUGAGUUAGUGUGUUUUAUUCUUUCCCUUCCAGUUUGUAUUCUCUCACACAAUAUGACUACAUCUCUUGGAGAUGUUUAGUGCUUAACUAUUAUUCAUAUAUUAUCUAGUCUGAAAAACUGUGCUGUAAGUUUAUGAAGGAAAUCAUUUAGAAGCCUGUAUCUUCUACAGAAGGUGGGUUGACAAAUGUUAUGUGUAAUCACCAAGACACACAAAGGGAUCUAGAAUUGAGCUAAUAGAGGAGUUGAAAGCAUUUAU